AUGUCCACAAUUCCUGAACUCUACAACGAAAAGUGCCAUUGUGCUGGAUGUAGUCAGAACGAUCUCGGCUAUAGUUUUGUUGCCAGAAGAACUGCUCAACGUCAUAACAAAAGGGCAAGACUAAAUGCCAUAAGAUGUGAAAGGGACAUGUCUACCCAAAGAAAUAUGAUGGAGGUCGAUGAUGAACCUAUCUUAACCCAUCAACCCGGAACCCUGAAAGAAUCGUACACUCAGACAAACUCACCUGUUUGGGAAGGAGCUUCAAUGUCUGACACUGAAGACGUUUCCGUUACUAAUGACGCGAUCAGCAAUGGCGACAAUGAUGACAGUGGAAGCAACAGCAAUGAAAUCAGUGAAGACGAAAGCGAAGACGAUGUUAUUGAGCUCGACGACAAUGAAUUGAAUAGUGAAGGUCAGUUAGUGUAA